GCUGUGUUAGACAGCAACACAUAUGCACACCCGCGCACACAUACACAUACACACACACACACACACACACACACACACACACACACACACACACACACACACACACACACACACACACACAGCUCUCAGACCCUGUGUGGAUACAGCAACACAUUCCUCUUGGAGUCUCCUCUUCCUCCACGUGACCAACGGACCAUGGAGUUAUAAGAGAGUGAUGGGGGAGUUGUAACUGUUACAGCUAUAGUAACAGUAUGGUCCUAGACAGUAUCAACACAGCCACCAACCCUCUCAAGAUGAGUCUAAUGGACGUCUCCAAGAUCUUCUCUCUGCUUCAGCCCAAGGAAGAGGAUGAGGAGGACAAUGAGCAUGGCCAGGCUCUGAACCAGGCAGUGAGCAGUGAUGACGUGGUGUUGUUAGCUGAGCUGUUGUCCCAGGAGAGCUACAGAAAGUCUAUCAACAGCAGAAGCGGCUGGGGGAUCCCUGUUACCCCCCUACGGACUGCCGCAGCGCACGGACACCUGAGGUGUCUGGAAUUCCUGCUGGAGCACGGAGCGGAGGUGGACAGUCUAGAUGUGAAGGCCCAGACCCCUCUGUUUACAGCGGUCAGUGGUAAACAUCUGGACUGUGUUGUGGUCUUACUGAAGGCUGGAGCCGACCCCAACGGCAGCCCGUACAACAACUGUUCCCCGGUGCUGACCGCCGCCCGCGAGGGAGACGUGGAGGUCCUCAGGGAGCUGCUUCAGUUCGGAGCCGAGGUCGACGUCUGGCCCAAAGUCCCUGAGUGGGCCUCCAACGCCACAGCCUGCAGGGGACCCCUGUACAUAUCCGCUGUAUAUGGACACCUGGACUGUUUCAAGCUGCUGCUGCUCCACGGGGCUAAUCCUGACUAUAACUGUAAGUCAGAGAAGAUGCUGGCCAGGAUCAAGCAGCCCAAGACGGUGCUGGAGAUGUGUCUGAGGUAUGGCUGUAAAGUGGAAUACAUACAGCUGCUCAUAGACUUUGGGGCAGACGUGUAUCUGCCUACGCUGAUUAUUGACAAGACCACCAAGCAGAACGAGGCGGUGGCUCUGCUGCUCAAGGAGAGAGUUUGUCCCAAUACUCUGAUGUCACUGACACGGCUUGCGAUUCGGAGACACCUCCCCGUGGUUAAUAAAAUGACGUCCAUAGACCGCUUGGACAUUCCCCAGAUACUGAGGAACUACCUGAAACAUCUCACAUGACCUCUAUCGCCUGACCUCUGAACUCUGCAUGAAGAUGAUGUCACAAAUGGAUACGCUAUAUGGCUGUGUCUCAAUAGUCUACAGUGGAUUCCUCUGCUUCAUCUCCACUGUUCUGAAAACACAUGUUAGGUGAAACAAUAUGGAGGAUGAUUUCUGAAAAACUUUCAAAAAAAGUGCAACAAUUUCAUACCAUCCUCUUCUGUCUCUACUGAGUGCAUCAUGGGCUGCAAAGUCCAGUUUGUUCUGUUUCUAUUGUAGGUGUGAAUAAUAAUUAUGCCAAUUUUGCCUUUGAAUAGCUGUAGAGGUUGAAUUAGAAUAAACAUGUUUAUUUAACUUAUUCUCUGUGAUUGAAUUCAGCAAGUGUUUGGUAAAUGUCAUCAUUGGAAAUUGGUUGAAGAAACUAUGGUGAAGACACUGCCCUCUUCUGGACAGUUAUAUAAGUGCACAGAGCUUCAGGAGAAACAUUUAGUAAGUGUAAAACUAUGAGUAACCACUAGGUGUCACACUACCCCUGUAGAUGUAUUCUCCAUCUAUGAAAUCACUUCUCACCGUUGGCAAGUAAUCUUUAGUCAAGCUAAAAACAAUGUAAUUUGUGGAAUCUUGCUGGCAUUAGGAGUGUCCUUGCUGAUAGCUCAGCGACACAGUAUGGUGUAGUGCAUCAAACCAGGUUCAAACCCAGUCAGUCACUGGAGCAGCAAACAAACAGGGAAACAAGACAUUGCCUUAUUUGAACAGAAGGAUUAGUACACAGACAGGAUAUUACAUCACAUUACAGGAUAAGGAUAUCCUGUCGAACGUCCACAUUGACCUUAGAACACAGUUCAGUAUAUAGAGGUUUUAAUUUCAACAGAAGUACAGUUAUAUCAAUGUGGUUCAGUUUUUACAGAGAAAUACAACAUAAUAAUUCCCAGUGCUCUUUGAUUACAUCAAAACAUAUACAUAGACUUCUCCACGAUCCCC